UACUUUAUUACUUCCCAUGUAUAGAAAUCUGCAGAAAUUGUUUGUCUAGGUCUCAGAGAUGACUUUUUUCUCAAAUCCUAAAAAGAAAAAAUGAUGGGAAUUGCUAUGGAAUCGACAGACGCAGAUCCAAAUCAGUCACAUAACUAUCAUUCUCACAAUUAACUUGACAAGCAGGUAGAAGCAAAGGGAGGAAAUGAAUCAAUGACUAUGACAUAGACAAUAUUAACAUCAGGUAGGUUUAUUCAGGUGGGUAAGCUCUGCAAAUAUAAUUGUAUAUUGAAGAAGAGAAAGGACAAUACUUGCCACACAGCCAGAUCCUCUAAUCAUGCAUGACACUGACGCUGUUCAUCUACAUUGAUUCAUUUGCAAACGCUUUCAUCCAACGAGUUAACAAGUAAAGCAGUACCUAAUCCACACACUGAUAUUACGCACCUAAAGUUUUUGUUUAAAGGCCCAAAAGUGGCUCCCUGGCAGUUCUGGGGUUUGAAGUAAUAAUCUCUUGGUCUUUCAUGCAGAAUCAUUUCCACUAGUCAUUAUGAGCGGUAAAUAUUAGCAUACACACUGUGUUUCAUAAGAAUUCACCUACCUUGAACUUUCCAGUAUUUUGAAGAGUUACAACCUGGAACUGAAGUGGACUUAAUUAGGAUUAUGUGUCAUGAACCUACACAAAUCUUUCUAUACUGGUGAUUAUCGAAAAAGUCUAUGUUUUAUUUCUAUGUUAUUAUAUGUACAAAAUAAUACACAAACAAAACCAGAGAAGUUUCCAAAUGUUUAAAUGCUUUACACAAGUAUCCACACCUGUUACUGUGAAACCCCUACAUCCGUUCUGGUUCAACUAGUUGCUACAGUAUUAGUAGCCACAUAGUUAGUUGAAUUGAGAUUAUUUAUGUGCUCAUAAUCUCAUUGUAAAUGCCAGUGAGCUAUGGGAACUGGAUGGGGACUGAAAUAUCAAUCAGAAUUUGGCUAUAAAAACAUAUAUCAAACUUUAAAUUUAAAGUCUGUGGUGCAUCAUUAAAUCUGGGUUAAAAAAAGAGAACCAGUGAAGUCCAUUUCAGUUUAAUGUAGUAACACUAGAAAAUGUGGAAGACUUCACGAGGGAAAUACAUAUGCAAGGCAAUGUAGUUAUAAAUGAAUUUAUGCAAGUUUAUGCAAAACCUACAGCACCUGCUGUGUGGUCAGAGAGGUUUUUCAUUAAAGAAACCAACAGAGACCUACCUGAUUUGCACAGAAUGCGAGACACUAAACAGCCAACGAGCUUCUGAGCACCAGUGUGGUCUCAAAACAGGUGUAUUACAAGCCACAAAUCUGUGCAGUACACGGCAUAGCAGACUUCAUGGCAUAAAGAAGCCAUUCCUAAUGUUUAGUGCACUUUAAUGCAGUCUGCCGCCUCAGUCAUUUCCAAAUAUAGAAUCUUAUCAUCGAGAGACUACUGAUCCUCUACAAAUGCUGCAGUCAGCAUGAGCAAAUUGUUGCUGAACUUCUGACAUCUUCUACAAAUCCAGUUAUAUUAUCAACAUGACAUCAUGCCUUAGUGACAGAAAAACUACUGAACUUUUUGAGAGCUUUUUUUUUUGCACUGGCCCCAGUUUUCCUUGGCUUAGAUAGAUAUAUAUGUCAAAAUAGCAACAGAGUAAAGUGAUGUGUUAUAAAUAGUGGACUAAGUCAGUCACAGGCUCAAACAGCAGGCAAAAUAAAAUGCACUCUUUGUACUCUUGUGUGCUAGAACUAUUUUAGCUACUGGGGCAGAGGAGCUGUGCACGUACACACACACACACAAACACUCUCUCUCACACACACACACACACACUCCCUCUCUCACACACACCAUCAACCCCUCCUGCAUCAUGUUAAGAGCAAAGCUCGUAGAUCAAUGGCCUAAAAAUAUAAUUUGUGGUCUGGAGUGUGUUAUGAACAGACCAGACAUGUGCAGCGUGUGCUCGGAGUAAACAUCAGACAGAUUGUGUUGACGCCAAUAAUUCCAGCUUCCUGCUGAUGAACACAGUGUUUUAAAAAGAUAAUGAAGUCUAACAGUUCAAAACCGAGCCAAAUCAAAAACACACAAAAACCAGCACAGUGUGACCCAGACAGCGAGUACAUCACCCCAGAGCUGUUUGAGCUGCAGAAACUCUUCUGGCAAGGAACAGGAGCAGCUUACACCCACAUCAACGAGGUCUGGCCCAGAGUCUACAUCGGUGAUGAAAAGACAGCACUGGAGCGCCACAACUUGGAGAACAUGGGGAUCACGCACAUCCUCAAUGCAGCUGAGGGAAAAUGGAACAAUGUUGCUACAGGUCCAGAUUACUACCACAACAUGAACAUCUUUUACUAUGGAGUGGAGGCAGAAGACAUUCCAACUUUCAACCUAGCACAGUUUUUCUACUCAGCAGCUCAAUUUAUUGACCAUGCACUCAGCAAACCAGACAGUAAACUGCUUGUACACUGCGUCAUGGGACGAAGUCGCUCAGCAACUUUAUUUUUGGCUUACUUAAUGAUCUACAAGAAUAUGACUGUUGUUGAUGCAAUUGAGCUUGUAAGGAAGCACCGAUGCAUUUUACCCAACAGAGGAUUUCUAAAGCAACUCCGACACCUGGAUGUUCAGCUACAAGAGCAAAGGCACAAGAAACAAACUGAAAAUCCAGACAACAUAGCCCGAGACACACAUCUAGAUUCAUCAUGUGGCACAUAAUCUUGUGCCAAAUGGAUUUAAGCACAGAGCUUAGUAACAGGCUAUUUUUUGCCAGUCACAUACCUCAGGGUUUUUUUUUUUUUUUUUUUGCCUAAUUACAUAUUUAGAAUCAAAAAGCUCAUUUAAAAAAGUUUGAAUCCAAUUGUGUCUCCUCCGACUGUUCCGUAUUUGGAAAAAGUCUGAAAUGAUGCAAGCAUGAAGUAACAGCACACAGGAAACAAACAGUCCAGAGUUGGGCUCAAGUCUGUCAGUGGCUCAUAAUUUAUUUUCUGCUAAAAUGUACAGCAUUUAAGUGACUGACUAAAAAGGUAACUCAUAAAUACAGGACUGUUGCUCCAUUAAUUAGUAUAGUCAGGAUAUCCCUCUCACAUCAAACUGCCAUUCUGUACAGGUACAAAGGCUACAAAAUAAGCUAUACAAACAGACACAAAUACAAUUUCUCUUUAUACAUGCCAUCUGUUUUGUCUAUUAACAAGGCUACUGUUCUACAUUUCAGUAAAAUAUAAAUCAGAUGUUUUAUAAAGAUAAAAAAAAUUUACAUGUGGAAUGAAAAUGCAUGUUUAAAGGCAUUUCAUAAAAGACCAACUUUGGGAGUAAAUUGACAAUUUUCUGAACUGCCCUGUGAAAGUUUUUUCCUCUUCCUUUUUUUUUUGCAUUCCCUUCCAUUGAUUUAGAAUUCUACAUGUACAAAUACUGACGUUUACUUCUCUAUUUUGUCUGAAAUUGCUUUAGUUUGUAUAAAAACAAAGCUGCCUCAGGUAAAGAAACUUGUUAAAAAGUAACAAAUUAUACACAAUUAGCAAUAGAACCUUUGAAGCUGAACACCCAAAAAACAUGACAAUGUUUUAAAAUCUUUUCAGUAUUAGAAACAACAAAAAUAGAAUUUUCAUUUUUCCUUCCAUAAGAGGGAAACCUAACCAAGGCCAUACAUUUAAUAUAAAAUUGCUUGCUUUUAAGCACAACACUGUACAGUACUACUUUGAUGCACUGUCACUAACAAAGACAUUAUAGCAUGCUAAGUUUCACCUUACACUUAAAAAAAUAUAUAAAAGUAGACUUACAAUAAUUUAAAUUAUAUGAAGGCAUGAGUACAGACUUGGAAACAUAACCUUGCGAUUGUUAAACAGGUACAUUGAAAAAAGCUUACAAUGCAGGCACAUUUAAAAGGUUCCAUGAAGCAAGUCCAAAACAAAAUAAAGGAAGGGGGGGAAAUAUCAAUGCAGUUAUAAACUGCAAUGCGGUUGAAAGAAAUUUAUAUUUAAAAUGUUACAUUAAAUUUUGAUGAUAUAAGGCUUCCCAUUAAAUAGGGAAAAAGCUAAAGAUUAGCCAUUAAACACAACUUUUUUGCAUUCUUACCAAGUGCUGGUUUUUAAGAAA